AUGGAAUUGACCGAUGAUCGAGAUGAGUUUAUCAAUGAUUCUUCAGAUGAUUUACCAGAAACUGAGGCAAAUUUUCCGGAAACUGAGGUAAGUAUCUCAACCACUUCUCUUAGUUCUUCGUCUCAUAUAUCUGAAUCCCAAAUCGAAGAGGAUGAUAAUGAUUAUGAUUCCAUGUCACCAAUCAAGCGCUUCCCUUUCUUAUCACGUUCUAACCCAAUGGCAUGGUAUCGAGAUGUUUUUAACUUUACUAGUACUGAAGCCAAAUGCCCGGUAUGCAAGAAAGCACACUCGCAUCGAGGCAUGUGGGGUGAUUGGAGUUGUCUCGGAUUAGGGUUAGUAUUCGACUAUUUAUCUCGUGUAAGGAAAGAAUUGGGGAUGAGACAAAGUCUUAAUACUAUGCAAGCUAUUUUUUACGCAAAUUUAGAACUCUAA